GUAAGGAGCUGGUACCAAGACCCACACUCAAGGGAUCCGGUCUUAUGGGCGAUGAUAAACGUGGUUCUUGCACUUGCUCAUCAUACUAGUCGUUCAGGCGACAUAACCUCGACAGGCAGCACCGAGACCUAUCUCAACAAUGCCCAAUCGGUUUUAACGCAAGUUAUAAUGCGCGAGACGACUCUGAUAAAUGUUCAGAUACUUAUUGGAAUGGUCAUCUUAUUCUGGACGGCAGACGAUUUAAGGCCAGCUCUAGUUUUGAUUGCCACAGCUCUUCGUCUAGCUCAUAGGCUCGGUUUUCAUAGUAGAAAGAGUUCUGAGAAUCUAGGACAGACCGAGUCCAUACAGCAAAAUCGAGUCUUUUGGAUGGCAUAUAUCCUCGACAGGGACAUGAGCUUAUAUUCUAAACUAGCUCCAGUCCAACUGGAUAGUGAGAUCGAUCUAGAUUUGCCUCCGCUCGAGGCUGAAGAUGAUCUCGCUGGCUUUAUAUUUGCGCCUGAUGGAUGUACUAAGAUGAAUUUCUUCCGCGCUCGCGUAGAACUGGCAAGGAUUCAAGGGAAAGUCUAUGAGUGUGUGUAUUCAGCCGCUGCACAAAAAGCCAGUUCCGAGGAGAAAUCCCAAAACAUUGCACAAGUCUUCGCGAUACUCAACACAUGGAGUUCACAGAUACCACAAGAAUUCAGUGCUUCGAUCUUGUCACAGGCGAAUAUGCCUGUGUUGUCAAGAUAUUUGUGUAUUCUUUACUCCACUCGUUUAUCAUGUCGCGCUUUGGUCAGUUUUGCCAGCACCUGUGACUCAUUUCACUACUCUAGAUGGAUGGGACAUCUUCGAGACUACGGUGGAAAAGUCGCCGCGGGACAGGAGGCAUCACAUGCGCCUAUGCCGCAAGGAUGGCAGAUACUUGUGGAGGAAUGUCGGGAGUACAUGACGCUAUCCACUACAGUCGUUCCCAGAGACAAUUUCUUCAUCAGGAUGACGUUAUGCGCGUACAAUUCAGGGUUGAUAUCUUUAACUGCUAACCGGAUUUUCGGUACUCUUUCUGGAACCGAGGAAUCGGACAUGGAGCUGACGAGGACGGGCAUGCUUUAUUUAGAAGAUAUGGUCACGCAGACAGACCGUAAGAUACUUCACCAUAUCCGAGAUUCUGUGAUGCAAUUGCGUUCUUACGCCGAUCUCAUAUCUCAAAGAACUCAUGAACCAAUAUGGUCAAAUGUGAAUUCUCGAGUCGAAGAUCUACAAUCUAGUUUUUCCGAACUUUUACAAGACCAGCAUAUCGACGAAGACCUAACACUACACUUUGACUCGAAUUGGGCUCCAUCCGAGCCGAGCGCUUGGUAAGUUCCCUACUACUUAGGUACCUAGGUACAGAAGGUAGAUGUCGAAGACGUGGGUUGGACUUUUUGAUACACUGUGUGGUGAAUGAAUAAAAGGUGGACACAUGUAUUUCUAUAUGCUUAGCUUGGU